UCCACUGUUGAAAUUCAUGGCAAAUGCAAUCCCGCUACGUCCUUCGUGGAUCCGCGACCAAGCGCGGUCAUCGGCGAAGCACCGGCACUCUUCAUCGGCGCGCACGCGCCAUGGUCGCGAAUAUGUAUCCCGACAGGCUACAACAGAGAGCACUCUGAGAGUUUUGAGACGAUGCUGCUCGAAUGCCAAAAAUAAUCGAGCCAGAGGUAAACCUCGCGGCCGGCUUAUCCCAGUAACAAACGCCAAUACUGUGAGCUUGCUCUAGGAAAUUAAAGUUUUUCAAGCGAAUUUUUGUCGGAAACAAAUAUCACAGAAGGAAAAAAAUAAGAAGAGGAAGAAGGAGAAGAAGAAGGAUUAGAAGUAGAAGAAGAGGAAGAGGGACACGGCAGUUCGUUCAUGCCGACGACGACAGUUCGAUGUCUCGUCUUUUACUUCGCGUUGGUGUUCGUCGUGUGUCUAGCCAAAGAUGCGCACAUCGUGGGCAGAUGGGCAGACAAAUUGGGCACCGAAUUAUGGGAACUCGCAAACGAAGUAGGUCAGCCCGAAGAAUUAUUAGAAAAAUACAAGAGCAUGAAUACUCGGGUGGAGCACAAGUCUGGAGAAGAAUUAGUUAACAUAAUUAGCGAGAAUGUGAGUAGAAUGUUGCGCCGAAAAAUGGACGCAGUUACCUGCAUUCGAAUGGCAGCUGAAGAAGCAGCGGAGGAUUGGGAUCUGUCUGUCGUGGAUAUUCUCGAUAAUUUCUCUUUUGUUAAUUUCUCUUAUGUUUCUGGCAAGUGCAGUCCUGUCAAUGGUGAAUUACCAGACAAUGAAGAUUUUCACUGUGUAGAGAAGAACCAUAGCAUGUAUAGAUACAGAGAAAUGGAACUGUUCCCAGACUCGCACUUCUACAAUAUCCCAGUGAAUACGAGCUACUCGUCAGUUCACAUGCCUACCAACGUGUUUGAUCUUAAGCAGGAUGUGAUGAAGGAUAUUAUGAGGACAGAGGCGUUGGAUGAUGUAUUUCGUCAGAAUUAUGAAUCUGAUCCCGCGCUAUCGUGGCAGUAUUUUGGCUCAAUCACCGGUAUGCUGCGCCAAUACCCUGCGAUGCAAUGGCAAACGAGCGUUGAGGAUGACGACGAUGAACCACCCCCUGAUCUAUACGAUUGCAGAAUACGUAGCUGGUUUAUCGAGGCGGCCACUUGCAGCAAAGACAUGGUGAUUCUGAUGGACGUCAGUGGCAGCAUGACCGGCAUGGGAAAGACGAUUGCGAAGGCGACUGUGAGCUCGAUCUUGGACACCUUAUCGAACAAUGAUUUUGUCACAAUACUGACGUACACCAAUGGCACCAAGGAUCUAGUGCCGUGCUUCAAGGACAUGCUGAUCCAGGCCACUCCGGAAAAUCUUGACACAUUUAAGAAAUCUAUGGAAACUAUCAAAACGGAGGGUGUCGCCAAUCUCACGAAGGCUUUUACUAAGGCGUUUAGUCUGCUCAAAACCUACCGGGAGACGCGUGGAUGCGACGGAGACACACCGUGUAAUCAGCUCGUCAUGCUCGUCACAGACGGUGUUCCCGGAAGCCUAACGGAGGUGUUCGAGACAUGGAACUGGCACGACAACAGAACAAACAUACCGGUGCGUGUAUUCACGUAUCUUCUGGGCAAAGAAGUGACGAAGGUGCAGGAAACAUUAGGGAUGGCAUGUUUGAAUCGCGGCUACUACCGACACGUGCAAACGCAAGAAGAGGUACGCGAGCAAGUGCUCCAGUAUAUCCCGGUCGUGGCGCGGCCCUUGGUGCUCCAGGACGUGGUACAUCCCAUCGUAUGGACACACACAUAUGCAGAUAUCACGAAUCCGGCACUUGCCGCUUGGCUGUGGCGGGUGAUGGAGCACGAAGAUCAAAACGCGCGCCUGCAAAAACACAUGCUGGGAAAACAGCUGGGCGUGCGAAUAAGCGAGGACCCAAUCUACAUACAGAAGUUGCAUAAGGACGAGAAUAUUGAGCUGGAUCCAUCCACACUAAAUACCACCGCGUGGCAGGAAUAUAGGCUGCUCACAUCCGUGGGCACACCUGUGUUCGAUCGCAGAAGCAAUCGCAACAAUAAGACACGCGUGGCAAAUCUGCUCGGUGUGGCUGGCACGGAUGUACCGAUCAACGAUAUUCGCAAACUCACAUUGCCAUACAAGCUCGGUGUAAACGGCUAUGCCUUUAUCGUCUCCAACAAUGGCUACGUGAUACUGCAUCCGGAUCUUCGACCGGUCUAUAAAGGCCAGCUUAAAUUGAAUUACAACAGCGUUGACCUGACAGAGGUAGAAAUACUCGACGAUGGACGCGAGCCGAGGAACCCGGGUCCGGAAGUAUUGAACCUGAGAUCAGCGCUGGUCGAUCAUAAACGAGGCAGCAUGAAAGAUAUUCCCGUGAAGCUACACUACGAAGACAAUCGUCGAGUGAAUCUCGAAAGGCGUGAUUACUUUUAUGCACCUUUAUCCGGUACACCGUUUGGCUUGGCAGUCGUUUUAUCUAAUUACGGAACCACUUGGAUCAAGGUCGGCGACGAAAUUCGUCGUAAUCAGAACAUGAACGUGAACGUGUCGGAUUUUUUCGUGGGCGAUCAUUGGCGUGUACAUCCGAGUUGGGUGUAUUGUCAUUACCAUUAUCUGGAGGGUCACGAGUUCGAUAGUGCCGAAGAUGAGCUUCUCCAUUUUCUGGCUCUGAUGAGCCGCCCGGGGUGGCGUUGGUCCGAGCAAUAUGAAGCUUAUCCAACCGUCAACGAGGAUGUCGAUCAGGAACCGAACUGUGGUGGGCAGACGCUCAAGGAUGAUGACUACUACUGCAACAAAGAGCUCAUGCAGCUCCUGGUCUUUGACGCCAAGGUGACGAAUCACAGCUUCUAUGGCGAUUAUUUGGAUAUUCUAUCGCCUCGGGCUCAGAAUCUCGCACGAGUCUACGGUAUCUUCGUAAGAUUUAUCGCGACGCAGAGCGGUCUCACGAGGUGGCAUCAUCUCAAAGCUGGCAUGCAACCGGAUACAAAGGACGAUAUUGUCUUCGGUGAUCUCCACAGGCGAGCCGUUAAUGAACCUUGGUACAAGGGUGCAAUUUUUCAAAACGAGUUGGACCCGAACAGCAUCUACUUGUCCGUCCCAUGGGGAGCGGGCGCGGACGCGACAGUGACAGCAUCGAUGACUUUAUCACCCAAAGACGGCGGCAAAAAGGCGCCGGCAGCCGUCUUGGGUUUCCAAAUGCCGAUGACGAGUUUCUAUAAACGAUUCAUUGCGCUGACUUCAGUAACAACAAAUCCACUAAUGAAUUGUACUCUUAUCUGGAUCGAUUGCUAUCUGCUGGACCAAAACGGCUAUGUGGUAAUCUCGGAGGCACACAAUGACACAGGGCAAUUUAUGGGCACACAGGAGGGCGCUAUUAUGGUGUCCAUGGUCGGCCAGGGCCUCUACAACCCAGUCGAAAUUUAUGACUAUCAGGCAUGGUGCCACGAAAAACGAUUUCACAAUUCCGCUAGUGCCUUAAUCGAACCGCUGCGAUACGUCGGAAGACUAUUGAUAUGGUUUCUACUGCGGCUGAUGUGGUUUACGACCCAGUUCGUCAACCUCCCUGGCAUCCAUGGCAAAAUCCAUUUCGAUGAGGAUUUACCUGAUCCACCGCCACCGCCGACACCCUACCUUUAUUACUAUCCUUGCGAUCAGAAGCGGACUCUUUAUAUGUUGAACGAGACCGUCGCCGCCAAAGGCGUGACCAAUCACUCCGAUUACUGUUCGAGGCCAUUCUACGCUCAAAGAGUGGCGCACACCAAUCUACUGUUGGUCGUAGUGGACAGUAUGUAUCCGACGUGCUACGACAGACUGGAAGUGACUCCCGUUAAUAUCUCGCCCCUCGAGUACACAAAUAGCACGGGCGACAAACCCUGUCACAAGAUCCCACUGAACACCUUGAAAAGGCGCCGACUGGAGAGCUGUUUCACGGAACAUCCUCUGGAGCUUGAGAUCGAGGAAUGUGGCAGCGCGUCUGAAUUGACCAUGUCCUUGUCAUUGUUAUGCAUUGUUAUUGUUAGAUGCAUUUUGCAACUAUGCAGCUUUAUAUUGUGACUGCAAAUUGACAUGACUCUUACCGCGUCCUUUCAGUAAUAGCGAUAGCUGUUUUAUUACAGCAAGUAAGUAAAACAAUGAAUAAUCAAAGAUAACUACAACAAUGCUUCUGUAAAUCUACAAUUGUACAAUUGUCCUAAUUAAAAAAGGAAUCACUUUUAACCAAGCU